AUGGACGAUAGUGUUUUCCUGCCGGGUGCUGCAACGGCGGCGGCAGCCUUGGCGUCGACAUCAGUACCCAUCCCGGUGCUUAACAAUGCCAGCGCAUGGCACAACUUCACGCUCUGGACCGCCCAGCACCUGGGCUAUGCGUUCAACGUGACGAAACUGGCGCCUACGCUCGAGGAUUUGGUCUGGGCGGGACCCAGGAUGGUGAAGAAGCUGGGGAAGCUGGGCGGCUCCUAUAUAUUCUACCCCGAUGCCAUUGACGGCUUUGGCCAGCGCGUCAUAGCCGAGUCGACCGAUCCAGCCGCUUUCUUUGUCACGACUACUCCUGACAGCACCACCGCCGCCGACGCCGCUCGAGCCAUACUCGAAUCCGCAUCAUCUUCGGCCGCGGCCACUGCUACGGGCCAAGAGUCAGCCGCCUUCGCAUCACGAUUUACAAUGGAGGGCGCAAGAGGUUUAGGGAGCGUCUUUAGCUACGCAACAAGCAAGUGGGCUCUAGCAUGCAUCGUCAUGGCCGUUGUCUUCAACCGAACACACAUAUUCGCCGCUACUCGCCGCCGACUUGCACUACGCUGGACUCUUCGGCUUGCGCUGCGGUUACCUGUUAUCUUGGUCCUCGCUUGGCAGGUCGAACGAAUCCUUGAAUCGAUACAGUGUCAAACGUCUCCCGACUUCGCCAACCUGCGCUGGGGCAACGCCAGCAAGAGCUCCGACCUCAUGUUCUCCGAGAAAAAUAACUUUCUCCACGGCUUGAGCUCGACCCUGCUCUUCGGCGCAACCGAUAAACAAUCCUGCCAGGCCAUAAGGAUGGUGCCAUGGGACAACAAUUCAACCGAGCAGCCGGAACUAGUAGGAUCCUUGUCCCGGCUCUGGCCCCUGUUCAUGACAUUCUGUGUUAGUCAGUUUAUCGAGGUUCUCUCUGCGACGGUUCAAGGCCGUCCAGUAGCCGCGGAGACGGGGAUGACGCUUUUUGAACACUCAUUGGCCUUUGCCGAAGCUGAUGCUGCCAUCAGCAACCAGCUGGGCUGGGGCCUCUUUACAGGCAAGGGCAAUUCUUCCCAGGCACUAACAGGAUCUGCCGUUGCCGUGACGCGCAGCAUGAUUUUAAGGAGAGUCAACACGUCUCCAGAAGUUCUGCUGGUUGCGUUUCUAUCUGCCAUGAGCCAUCUCACUAGCCAAAUACUUGGUGUCUUCAACCUGCAGUCUAAAUUCCGGUUGAUCAACACUGGUUUCUGGGGACUUUGCUUUAUGGGCAGCAUUGUCUGGGGCGCCGUGACUUUUUCCAUUGAAGAUAGCUCAGCUCAAGCACUCUUGAGAUUCCCUACAGUCUGCAUUAUCGGAUUUGUACCGCACGUUCUUAUAAUAUGCGGCAUCUUUAUCUGUUCUGUAAUUUACGCUCUAACGAUGGCGCUCUCAGCCUUCGCUGUUGCUGAAGGCGCUCUCGAUGCUGGACAACAACGCCCAACUCUCCGAGACCGCCUUGCUCGAGCCCACGCAAACAUGCAAGCCAAUGGAUCUCUUUCCGACAUCCGUAUCCGGUGGGAUAUGGACUUCUAUACUGCUCUCCUUCGAGCUGGCUUUGGGGCCAUCACCAUGGCUAGUGAGGCGGUCUACCUGAACGAAGACCAUCGGGUGAAUGUGAAGCGCUAUACCUGGUUGGAGGACGAACGGUUCCGCGAGAUCGAGGAGUUGAGGAUGCAAUGGCUUGGAGGCGGAGUAUCAGGUUCCCGUUUCGACUCCGUCGGUGUUAUCGGUCUCGUACCUGUCAAGGAAGACCAAGCAAACGCCACGAGCGGUUACGCGAGGGAACGGGCAGCGCAAAAGAUACCCCGGAAUAGCGUUUCCGCCAGGCGACUGAGAGACGGGGUGGGUGCUACUGAACGCAGUGGUAGGUGGCUAUUGGCGAUCGAGUAUGUUAUGCACAUCAGCCGCCUGAUCAUCACAACUUCGAUGCUCGUCAUCAUCAAGUUACUCUCUUACUUUGGGAUUCGGAAUCCGCCACGUUGGCUCCGGGCAUUGGCCCUUCAGCCACCAAAGCCGGAGACAACCACCACUGGCAGGAGGUCAGGGCGGAGAGGUGAUCGCGGCACAACAGCCAUCUGGGUAGACGCAUCAGAUCCCAACUCUUUCCCUGUUCCGCGCAGUGAGCGUGUAGACGUGGAAGCCGAGUUCCGUCGGCGCCUCCAACAACCCCUCGGCAGUGAGCAACCCGACGCCAGCGAAGCCGACAUCGACUCCAGGCUCUACAGCUGGUUUCUUAACGGCGGCUGGUGGGGAAACACCGAUACAAGCGGUGACUACGUUCCCCCUGACGGCAGUUCCGGCCUGGACGACCCUGACUUUGACACCACAAGCAUCAUCUCCACAACCGAGAGCACAUCACUAUCAGACUUGGACGCCUGGGAGUCCGACAGCGACAACAACCAUCUCCAAGACGGCCAACGAACACCCACUCAAUCGUCCCCUUACCCAAACAACAAUAGUAACCAAAACCCGCUCCAUCAAUCCUGGGCCUUCUCCCGGGAAUCCACUCCCUCGCAAGUAGCAGACCUCCCUCUAGCAGCCUCCGACCUCGCCCGCCUCCUCAACCCGCAGAGCCCGGAAGAGCGCGAGGAAGCCAUCACCCUCGCCGCCCACUUGUCCUUUGAAGAAGGCAUCAUGACCCGCUCCCGCUUCCGCCAGCACCAGGCGCGCCAGCGCGUCAAGGUGCUACUCUCUGGCGCCCAGCACCGUAGUCUUUACGGAUAUGGAAGGGGGCAAAGCACACAAAUGAUGACGCCCGAGGAAGAGGCUAGACGGUUGGAACAGAUAUUGUUGUCGAGGCGGGCGACUGCUGCGCCCACGGAGGCAGGGGAGGAGGGCAGCGGAAGUGGAAGUGGAAGUAAUGGGGCGGCAGCGGCAACGGCAGGCGACUGGGCAACGGGCGCGGAUGGACUGGGCAGUGAAGGACCGCAGUGCGUGGGUGAGUUUGGCCAUGAAUAA